UACAUGACAUCCUCAUCUCCAUAGAUGACUCCAUCGUCCUUAGAGCAGGAUGCUGGGCAACCCUUGAGUACUAUUGGUCAUUUGUCACAGAUGCCAACUCUCCUGAGCCAGGGAAAGGCUUGGGAUGAGGUGUGUAUGGUCCACGCUCGCCACUAACCCUUACCCAUUUGCAAUGGUUUUGUUUUACUGGACCGGAGCCUCGGGCCACGCCGCUCUUGCCUUUGCAAAGUUGGGUUCGAGAUGCGCGUUGGCUCCCUAGAGGCGCGUCAUCUGAUGCAAAUACGCCCUGGCGGGGAUUCCCCUCCCGACAAGAGGAAUUGAUGGCGGUGGGCGGGUCCUUUCUCGGAAUGGAGAGCCUGGACUAGGAUCGCUUUCGUUUUCUCCCUGCUGCCUAGCGGUGGAGCGGGGCGGAGACCAGACUUGCUCUCGGAGGCGCCGCGCGGCUCCUGCGCUCCUUCCAGACCAGGCGGCUGAGACCUCAUUGAAGGGAAGAUGGCAGCGAACAUGGAAAAUUUGCCCGAACACCUUCUAUUGGAUAUCUUGUCUCUGGUUCCAGCAAGCGACCUCAUUUGCAAUUGCCGGCUGGUCUGCUCUCAGUGGCGGGAUUUGGUAGACCUGCCGGUUCUGUGGAAGCGCAAGUUCCAGAAAAGGGAUCACGACUCUUCUCCAAAGCCAUUGUCUUUCUACAUUUUCUCCCGCCUAAAGAAGAACUUAAUCAAGAAUCCUGAUGGCCAAGAUGGCCUGGACUCCUGGGAAAUCCAGACGCCUGCUGAGGGCCACUGGGAAACUGAGGAACUGUCCAUAGAAGACUCAAAAAGCGUCGGUGAGAUGCUCAGCCCUUAUAAAAUGGGUGAUUUUUGGGAGAAUGAUGAGGAUGCUCCUGUUCAGCUCUACAAAUGCUUUCUUGCACUUAACAGGCCCUGCAGCAAGUCUCAGCUCAUCACCUUGAAGGACGAGGGCUACUGGGAUGAACUAAUGGAUGAAGCCAGACCCACGAUUGAGGUGAAGGACUGCUUUUCAAGUGGGUAUGAUUCAUGCUAUAAACUGAUCGUGAAGCUGUUGUCUGCAGACUCUGAAGUCCUUAAAGAACAUCAAUACAAAGAACCUUGGGUGUCAACGUGGUUUCCGGUUUCACAUACUAUUUACGACUGCCCUCAAGGUGUCCGUCAUAUCCUCUUUGAACACGAAGUGCACACGGAACCCCAUUUUCCCGGUCUCCUUAAGUACCUCUACCCAGAGCAAGGCCCAAGUGAAGACGGGGAGCCAUCCUGGGGUGGGAUGAGGGUGUUGCAAAGCAGCAUCACACUUCACCCACCACUAGUGGCAGAAGAAGUGGAUGACGAUUACUACGACUACCACUACAGAGAUUACCCCGAUUCAUCGGAGCAUUCCAGCGGUGACGAAUUGCCUUACGGUUUUUUUUACAGUGCGUCUGGUUGUGAUUCGUGGUACAAUUAUGACUAGUACAAUGAUGACCGCUCCUCUCCUUAACGCCAUCAUCCCUUCUCUCAUCUGCGCUAAAUUUGCACCCAGUUGUAGCUUCGAUUUUGGGUGCUCUUUGCUUCUCUCAACCUGUAUCUUUUGCAGAUGCUCUGUUUCUACAUAUCUGUGAUACCUAGAAGCAUGUCUGAAUAUGAAAACAAGGCAAGAGAUGGGUGUGGCGUUUGCCUCCUAGGAUGGGACAUAAGGAAAGGGUUAAAUGAGUGUGAUGUGUUUGGCCAGUGGGAAUGCAAGGGGAG